UGUCCUGGGGGCCCCACUGAGCAACUUCGAUCUCCCCCCGCCAGACGCUCCGACCUUCGCCUGUUGCCUCCUCCACCUACGGGUACUGACACCGAAACCUUAAACUCCCCGUCAGUCUUGCCGCAACCAUCAAUCGAAUCCAAACCAAAAAUCGACUCCCGCGCAGCGCCACCCCUACGAUCCGAUGCCAGAACAUGCCGAGGCAAUCGCAUUCAUCUGGAAGCCAGAGCAAUCCAUCGACCUCGACGCCGUCACCGCUGACACGUCUGCCCGUCAAUCCGCGCAGGAAGAAGGUUGCGCCCGACGAGCGGAAGCGUGUUGCCACCGCUUGCAACAGCUGCAAUGUCCGCCGCAUCAAGUGCAGCGGUGAGCGGCCGUGUCGCCAGUGCAUCAGCGCCCAGCGUGACUGCCUGUACCCAGAGCCCAUCGAGAGGGUCACCAUUCCCCGGAGCGAGUUGGAGGCUCUGAAGCAGCGGUGCGCAGAGCUCGAGCGGCAGCUAGGCGAGGCCGAGCGCGGCGACCGGCAGCCGGAUGCGCGGCAGCCGCGUGUGCUGCCGCAGCAGGUCGCCUCGCCCUCGGCAUCGUCCCGAGCCGACACCGCCGACUCCCUGUCGCUGAAUGGCGACCCGCAGCCCAGUCGUCGGCCCGGCCGCAUCGACGGGAGGUUGCUUGCCGAUUCGACCGGCACCUCUCGCUAUCUCGGCGAGACAUCCGGGGCCACGUUUCUCGAUUCGCUUAAGGAGUUGGUCGCGACGGCCAUGCCCCUGGCCCGCGUGCUCAACAGAGAAGUUGAGGAGAGCAAGCCCGACGCCGCCUUUCUCCAGUCUCGGGGCCAGUACCAGACGCAUGACUCGCGCCCCAUGGUGUUGCCUCCGGAUGCGGAUCCCCUGAUCCUGCCAUCCGCGGCCGAGAUUCUCGACGCGGUCUCGCAGUUCUGCUACUUCCUGCAGGACGGGAACGGCCUCUUCCGGAGCGGUGGCAUUUGGUUCUGGCCUUUCGGUGAUCCGCAACGCGUCAUUAUUCUCGCCUCCCUCCCGGUUGUGCAACGCCCGCUUGCCGGGCCUUACGAUCUCCCACUGGCUCUCUACCACACGGCUUUUGCCCUCACACGCCUGCUGAACGUCAGGGAGCCCGGAUCCUUUGCCGAUGGAAACCUUGGAGAGGACUAUUUUGCCAGGGCCCGCGUGCUCCUAGGCAACCUCCUGGAUCGCACCACUUAUACCAUCACUGACAUCGCCGUGCUUGCGCUCAUGGCCUUGUACUUCAUCGAGAACAACCGGCGAGACGCGGCGUACAUGGCGAUCAGCAAUGCCAUGACCAUCAGUGUCAUGCACGGCAUCCACAAGGGCGUGUCGAUCGACGAGACUGGCGUGAGGACUUUCUGGACGGUAUACGUCCUGGACAGGUGGCUAAGCUGCGUUAUGGGGCGGCCUCCAACGACCCCUGAUGACGCUAUCACCCUCCCGCUUCCCAGGGAUUCGCUCCGCGAACCGCGUCUACCCCCAUCAGAUGGCCUGCGUGCGCAUGUGGAGCUAUGUAAGAUUUCCGACUACAUCGUUUACAGCAGCUACAGAGAGUCUGGGGUGGCUCGCCUCCUCACCAAUGCGACCGCUCGCGUCGACAAGGCUCUGGAGAUGCUUCACAACUGGCAUGAGAAUCUACCAGAGUCUCUUCGUCUCCCUGACCCCCUGAGCCUCCUACCGGCCGACCUGUUCACCCAGUCCAGUGGCUUCCAACAAGGUCCGGCGGCCAUGCUGAGCGGAGCGGCUGAGUUCGGACAAGACCGGGCAUGUUGGGCCCUGCAUAUGAGCUACUACCAGCUCAUAAUCCUAGCAGUCCGGCCGGCGAUGCUUAUGGCGGUUGCGAAAGCCGUCGCUAGCAUCCUGGUCAUCGACCAGCCGUUCGACAUCGAAAGCCAUCCAUCGAUCCAGCCAAUACGGGCUUGCAGUGACGCGGCGCGAUGCAACCUCCGGCUUGGUCGGCUCAUGCAUCUCCACAGUCCACGGCAGAAGCUGCUGCUACCCGACUUGCACAACGUCUUCAACGCGGCCAUCAUCCUCACCAUGCAUCAGAUCGUCUUUGUAAACCUGAGAACCCAGGACCUGGAGGAUGUCGGCUGGGCCAGCGAGGUCUUCGAGACGGAAGCCGAGACGGGCAGCGAGUACGCCAAGGACUGUGCGGGCGUCCUGCGGGACCUGAAGUAUCUCGCGCAGCAACUACGGAAUCCCAUCCACGAUCCGGCGACGAAGGAUCGGCUCUUGUCUGACGAGUCACUCCUCCGCCAUCUGCAGGCAGUGGAGCAAGCCAUUGCCGUAGAGAUGAUGCUUGGAGGUGGCGACGGUGCGACGGCUGUUGCUGCCAACGGCGCCAUGGCCUCUUCGGCGCUCCACUCGAGCUCGACGAACGGCGCGUUCUACAAGAGCGUCACGGCCACCUAUGGCAAGCUGUCGGAUUGGUGGAAGGCUGAUUAUAUGCACUUCUAUAAUACGUUUCUUUCCUAGUUUGUCCGACCCGGCUGUUUCCCGCGAUGGCGUUGCAGUAUACUAUGGGUUAACGAGUAGAUACCAGGCUGGUGUGACACUGUUUC